AUGUCUCUGGCCGACGAGCUCCUGGCCGACCUCGAGGAGGCGGCAGAAGAGGAGGAGGGAGGAAGCUACGGGGAGGAGGAGGAGGAGCCGGCCAUCGAGGAUGUGCAGGAGGAGACCCAGCUGGAUCUUUCCGGGGACUCGGUCAAGAGCAUCGCCAAGCUGUGGGACAGCAAGAUGUUCGCCGAGAUCAUGAUGAAGAUUGAGGAGUACAUCAGCAAGCAGGCCAAAGCUUCAGAAGUGAUGGGACCGGUGGAGGCGGCCCCUGAGUACCGGGUCAUCGUGGACGCCAACAACCUAACAGUGGAGAUUGAGAACGAGCUGAACAUCAUCCAUAAGUUCAUCCGGGAUAAGUACUCAAAGCGAUUCCCCGAGCUGGAGUCCCUGGUCCCCAACGCCCUGGAUUAUAUCCGCACGGUCAAGGAGCUGGGCAACAGCCUGGACAAGUGCAAGAACAACGAGAACCUGCAGCAGAUCCUGACCAACGCCACCAUCAUGGUCGUCAGCGUCACCGCCUCCACCACCCAGGGGCAGCAGCUGUCAGAGGAGGAGCUGGAGCGGUUGGAGGAGGCCUGCGACAUGGCGCUGGAGCUCAACGCCUCCAAGCACCGCAUCUACGAGUACGUGGAGUCGCGGAUGUCCUUCAUCGCCCCCAACCUCUCCAUCAUCAUCGGGGCUUCCACCGCCGCCAAGAUCAUGGGGGUGGCCGGCGGCCUGACCAACCUCUCCAAGAUGCCUGCCUGCAACAUCAUGUUGCUCGGGGCGCAGCGCAAGACGCUGUCGGGCUUCUCGUCCACCUCGGUGCUGCCCCACACCGGCUACAUCUACCACAGCGACAUCGUGCAGUCCCUGCCCCCGGAUCUGCGGCGGAAAGCAGCCCGGCUGGUGGCCGCCAAGUGCACGCUGGCAGCCCGCGUGGACAGCUUCCAUGAGAGCACGGAGGGGAAGGUGGGCUAUGAGCUGAAGGAUGAGAUUGAGCGCAAGUUCGACAAGUGGCAGGAGCCGCCGCCUGUGAAGCAGGUGAAGCCGCUGCCGGCGCCCCUUGAUGGGCAGCGCAAGAAGCGAGGCGGCCGCAGGUACCGCAAGAUGAAGGAGCGGCUGGGGCUGACAGAGAUCCGGAAGCAGGCCAACCGCAUGAGCUUCGGAGAGAUCGAGGAGGACGCCUACCAGGAGGACCUGGGCUUCAGCCUGGGCCACCUGGGCAAGUCGGGCAGCGGGCGCGUGCGGCAGACACAGGUGAACGAGGCCACCAAAGCCAGAAUAUCCAAGACACUGCAGCGGACCCUGCAGAAGCAGAGCGUGGUGUACGGUGGGAAGUCCACCAUCCGCGACCGCUCGUCGGGAACCGCCUCCAGCGUGGCCUUCACUCCACUCCAGGGCCUGGAGAUUGUGAACCCACAGGCAGCAGAGAAGAAGGUGGCGGAGGCCAGCCAGAAGUACUUCUCCAGCAUGGCCGAGUUCCUCAAGGUCAAGGGCGAGAAGAGCGGCAUCACGUCUACCUGA